AUGGCACGUUCAAGUUUCGCAUCUUUCUUCGCUGCUAUUUUACUUGUACCAUCUUGCCAGCCCCUCUUCGAAACGAAGAACGACAUACUUGAUUUUCUUGGUUGGGACUCCGGGUACGAGUCGUUACCUGCGUUUAAGGAGCUGGAUAUCUCUGUCGCUGACUUGGUUGUGGGGGUUAAGGAUCAUGAGUAUUUCAAGAAAGAUGGGACGCCAGAAUUUGUCUGCCCCUGCGCUCGCGCUCUUCAGCGUCAUCAGGAAAAACCUCCUGCAGGAAUUCAACUGAAAUCCUCAAACUCGGAGAUAAAACAGCGGAAUUCCAGAAAUUCUGCUAAUUCGACAGAACUCGUUGUAUUCUGGCAACAUUUCGGGUUGUUCUGCACGGUGCAGAACAACCUGAAAUGUUGCCAGACUUGGCAGACGAACAGACUCACGUAG